CCCACCCACGAUCCUCGCCCUUGCCUUGCGGCGGCCGUGGGUUGACGUUGGUUAAGGACACAGUUGUAGAUAGACCCAUCCGAGCUCAGAACCUCAAAAUCUCACCACUCCAACAAACCAACCCCAGCACAAGCGUCUCGCUCGCAACACCCGGUAGUGAAUUAGCUCGCCGUGAUCCUUCCUCUUCUGCCUGGGCGCACUCUUCAUCUUUUCCUUAUCCCCGUCUUCCCUGUCGCCCAAGCCGACAUCCACCCGAAGCUGCACACGAAAGCUAAUCCCAGCGGACCCCUCCUUAAAUCCAAAGGUGUUCCCGUCACAACUUCACCUUCGCAACAACCGGAUUGUUACCAGCAGGACUGCGAUCGCCUGACCCGACCAUUCUUCCCCAGUAACCCCCGCCGACACGGUCUCAAUGGCGCAGUUGCGAGGACAGGGCAGCUACGGCAUCGGCGCGCCGGCGCCCUUUGGCGGAGACAUCGAUCAGAGGGUGGAUCAGAGUCCUCUGGACACCAUCCGCCAGCAAACCAGCAAGAUUGAGGAUCUUUUGGACACCGUCAGCGAGCCUAUCAAGCCCUUCCUUCCCGCCAUUGGCCGCUUCCUCAUCGUCGUGACCUUUAUCGAAGACGCUCUCAGAAUAAUAACACAAUGGAGCGACCAGCUUCUUUACCUCCAUGACUACCGUCACAUUCCCUCCGGUCUCACCCACCUUUUCCUGAUCGCCAACGUUAUCGUCAUGGCCAUCUGCUCAACCCUCGUCAUCAUCCGCCGGCAUUCCGAGUACGCCGUCUGCGGUCUUAUGGGUGUAGUUGUCACGCAGGCUCUCGGGUACGGUCUCAUCUUUGACCUCAACUUCUUCCUGCGUAACCUGUCGGUCAUGGGUGGUCUCCUGAUGGUUCUCUCCGACUCGUGGGUGCGCAAGACCAAGGCCUUUGCCGGACUUCCCCAGCUCGAAGAGAAGGACCGCAAGAUGUACUUCCAGCUCGCCGGUCGUGUUCUGCUCAUCUUCCUCUUCAUCGGCUUCGUUUUCUCUGGCGAGUGGUCCGUUCUCCGCAUCAUUGUCAGCUUGUUGGGCCUGGCCGCCUGCGUGAUGGUUGUUGUUGGUUUCAAGGCCAAGUUCAGCGCCACCUUGUUGGUCGUCAUUCUCAGCGUGUUCAACGUAAUUGUGAACAACUUCUGGACUCUCCACGAGCACCACCCCCACAAGGACUUCGCCAAGUACGAUUUCUUCCAGAUUCUCUCCAUUGUCGGUGGUCUCCUCCUGCUGGUCAACAGCGGUCCCGGCCAGUUCAGCAUCGACGAGAAGAAGAAGGUGUACUAGACACAUUGCGAAAUGUCUUGUCAUUGAAAUUACACUGCGUGAUUCAUUGCAUCUCUCGCAUACAAAACAACAAAUUAUGAGAACACAACGCACACAGGAUACCAAAAAGAGGAAGAGAAGAACUGGCCCAAGGAUGGUGUUAAGGACGGGGGAAAGGACAAGCAAAGGGAACCGAGAGAAGGGCGUCAAGUUGGUCAAGCUAGGGAAGAUGCAAAUGGCCAGGCAAAUCAUGUUACCGGCGUAGCUUCAUCCAUCAUUUUUAUCUAUUAUCCGGUUUCUCUUCUCAUUUGAGGGUUGUUGACAUGUAGAAAAUUGUUGAUGGUUUUAGGAACAGC